AUGAGUUUUAAUAAGACCUCUCCUGUUAAGAAGUCGGCGUCUGUAGCAAACGGUGGUAACGGUGCAACUAAUGGUACUGCUUCACCAUCAGGUGCGCCAAUAAAAAAUGAAGGUGAUAAUAAUUCAGGAGAACCUGAUCAUUCAAUCUUAUCCGAUCCUGAAGAUUAUCUUGAAGAGAAUGAAUCACUUGAUUUAAAUUUACAAAAUGGAGCUCAAAAAGUUUGGCUUGUAAAACUCCCACGUUAUCUUGCAGAAAAAUGGUCAAAUGUAGAUGAAUAUGGCGGGCAACAAUUGGGGACUGUUAAAAUUAAGCAAUCAACUACUCCUAAUAGUAAACUUCAAGUUAAAUUAGUACUUAAUGAAAAUAGUGCCAAUAGUGAUAUUCCUCAUGAAUAUGAUAUCUCCAUGUUGAAUACUCAAGUUCGGAAUUCAUAUGUCUUUAGUGAAGAAAACUUAACAAAAUUUAAACAAGAAUUAACUGAAAUGGCAGAAAUGCCAGAACAACCAAGUUUACAACCAAUUGAUAAAAAAAAGGAAGCUUCUAAACCAUUCAAAUUUUAUAGAGUACAAAAGAAUAAAGAUGGGAAAGAUGCACCAAGAAAAUUCAUACCAUUUGUUAAAACAAUUCCAAAGAAAACGGCAUUAGUUGGUAAAAUCUGUCAUGAUUGUCAAAUCAUCCCAUCUAAACGUGAUAGUAAGUAUUCAGAAAUCUUGAAUAAGAGAAAUAAUAUGCAACCUGCCAAGGCCAGACCAAAGGUUACCUUAUUAGACGAAAUACCGGGGGUGAUUCAAUCGAAUGCUGGACCAUCUAUUCGUGGUAAUAACACUUCAGUAUUCCUUAAAUCCAAUCAUAGUAAAGGUAAGAAUGAAGGAAGAGCCAUUAGAAUGCCAAAGAAGGAUCUUUUGGAUCUUUUAUUCCGUCUCUUUGAAGAAUAUGAAUAUUGGUCAAUGAAGGGAUUAAAGGAAAGAACAAGACAACCAGAAUCUUAUUUAAAGGAAUCUCUUGAAUCCAUUGCUAAUUUAAUUAAGAAGGGACCAUAUACAUCCAAAUAUAAUCUUAAGCCAGAAUAUAAGCGGUUAAGAGAUGCUGAAAGGGCUGCAAGAUUAGGAUUAAUUGCCAAUGAUGAAGAAGAAGAAAAGAGUGAUGAAGAUAACGACGAUGACAUAGAAAUGGAAGAUGUUUUAUAA